AUAAAAUAUUAUCUCUAAGAAUGAAAAGUUACUGAAAUGUUGUGUUACCAUAGAAACUGUUUCUGUGCUGAACCAUAAUAUAUCGCACUAAUAGUAUAUUUAUAUAUAUAUAUAUGAUUAUAAAGUGAGUUAAAAAUAUGGAUUCAAAAGAAAUUGAAUAUAAUAAUGAACACAUAAUUGAACGUGAACAAGCAAUAGAAAAUUUAAGUUCUACUAAUAAACUUACCGAAGAGGAGUUUCAGAAUUUUAUGCACCGUGUUACUGAAAUUGAAAAAAUUGUAUCAAAAUUAUUAUCUUCUGAUCCUAAAGAACAAGAACUUGGUGAAACAUUGGCAGAUAAAAUUUUAAAUGGAAAAAUUCAGAAAGAAUUUUCUGAACUAGAAGAAUUAAAAGUUAAAACUAAUCGUACAAUCAUCAAUAAAUGUUCCAUAAAUGAAAAUACAUCUGAUCCAAAUAAAAUGGAACAAGAAGCAUUCAUGAAGAGUAUUGAAAAAGAUGCUAAUGAACGAGCAGCAGAUAGAAAGAUAAGAAAUGAACGCGCAGAAACGUUAAAAAGGAUUGGAAAUGGUGCAUUUAAAGAAGGAGAUUAUGAAAAGGCUGUGACAUAUUUUACCAAAGCAAUAGAACAACGUAAAGACUCCACUGUUCUUUGGAACAAUAGAGCUUUGUCAUACAUGAAUCUUAAAUUAUUUGAAAAAGCUUUACAUGACUGUGAAUGGGCUUUGAAAGUAAGCGAUUCGAAUUUGAAAGCUUUGUUAAAUAGUGCUAAAUGUUAUAAAAAUCUUCACAAUGAAGGAAAAUGCAAAGAGUUCAUUAAAUUAGCAAGAGAAAAAAAUCCACAUUUCCAAGAAUUCAUUGAUGAUUUCGAAAAAGAUUUAGAUACAAUAGGCGAUGAAUAGACGAUCGACGAUGUCUAAAAUACAAGACGAUAUCUAAAUCCUUUUUCUAUAAUAAGUAUAACAGUAAUAAUUAAUCAUUGUCUAAUUCCAA